CCAUUGUCAGCUAAUAGUUCAGCAAUUGCAGCUUACGCCGGACAUUGAAUUAACCAGACCGAGUAGAACGGCAUGGAAGAGCCGGUGGAUGCUCAUACCUCUAGGGGCUAUCAACAGCCACGCUCAUUCAGCAGUUGUAACCAUGACUCAAAUGCUCGACGGAUUCUACUUGCUGCAGAUGAAUUCGUAACUCCGUAUCGCCUGGAUCAUGUUCGUGAUGUGAUUAGAAAGGGUGCUCUCCUAGCGGAUGAUCCUUCUGACUGGGAGAGAGUAGAAGGGUUGGCCCCUAGUGAAGAGUCUGCCUUGAUUAAAGAGAGGAACAACUAUUUAUCACUAUCAUCGAUGUUCGUAAUGUCGUGUGUUUUCCCGUUGGUAUAUGCUAUUAUCUGCGGAUAUACAUCGGCCCCGCUCGCCUUUCCCUAUAUGUUUCCUUAUCACUUUGGAGGUCUCCUUCCUGGAAGCCAUUUGGGUGUAAUGCUACAAUAUAUUCCCUUCUUAAGCAGUACCCUCGUCGUAUGCUGGCUCACCCCAACCCUGAACCGGCUGUGGGGUCGCCGUGGUGCAAUGCUUGCCGGCUCCAUUGGUACUUUUAUUGCGGCUGUACUUUUACUUUCAAAUUCGACGUUUGACUCGUCAUGGGUGAAGAUUGUGCUGGCGAUAACUUUCAGCAUUUUAGAAAGAAUGAGUGUGGGGUUAACAACCUGCACCUGCUUGAUCUAUCUAGCUGAGAUUUGCCCAAGUGCCGCUCGUGGAAGUAUCUUGACCCUAUAUCCACUAGGAAUGUCUAUUGGAUACACAUUAACAUCCGCGGGUACGAUCAUCCUUGACGGAGACCAGAGCGUUAGCCCACAGUUAUCUACUGCAUUUGAUCUUAUUCUCAAGGGCGGCUGUCCCUUUCUUAUUUUAUUGGGAUGGGAAUCGCCCCGCUGGUAUGCUCGUCAGGGUUAUUGGGAUAAGGCGUUCGAGUCAUUACGUCGUCUCCGCACUUCUGAUAUUCUCGCCGCACGCGACUUAUACCACAUUCAUACCUGGUACAAGGAGAAAGAAGCAGCAUUUGAACAACAACACAGUACUUUUUCAAAAUGCUCAUCCCGACUAUUGGUUGACCCCCAUAUGCGUCGAGCAACCCUAGCAUCAGUCUCAGUUAUGGUGGCGGGCAGUCUGGCCGGAACAGGGCUCACCACGGCUGCCCUAGUCCACGUGGCGUACGCUUGCAGGCUAACCAUGAGAUUCUGUGUGCUCAUUGUACCUAUAACCACACUUGUGUUUGUGGUGACCAAAGCAGGGUUACCGAGACUUCCACGACGUCAACUGUACCUAGCGAGUCUCUUUUUCAUAUUCUGCAUUUCCUUCGCGCUCUGCUUCAUUCCACCUCUGGCCUUCCAACUUCCCACUCUUAUACUCCUCUGCAUUUCCUCGGUAAUAUCCGUCGUCGGACUGGGACUUGUUUCCUUUCUGUAUGCUGCAGAGGUCUUUCCGCCCUCCCAUCGUGAUGUCGGAGUGGCCCUGUCAAUAUGCAUAUACCAAAUUUGUCAGAUCUUGGUAGCAGCAUUUAUCUUUCUGGUUUGGGGCAAAAUCGACUUUCAUAUUCUGACGUGGGUCCUGACUGUCGUUAACUUACUCUCUUUGUUGGCCGUCUAUUUGUUUAUGAGGGAAUCGAAACAAUAUACUUUAGAAGAGAUGCAGUCGACAUUCAAGAUGUCUACAAGAGAGUUUAUCGUAUAUCGACUCCGUACCGAUUUUAUCAAUCCAUUCCAACGCUAUGUUUUACGCAGACGGGUGCGAGUACAGCCGGUCGAGGCUCAGGGCAUUGCGUCCUAUAGUGUCCCUUAUACAGAUGAAGAGGCCGUUUCACUUGCAUCCCAGCCGUGAAUGAUAUUUUCCUCACUCAUAUUAUGUGUAUCACUAGAAUUUCGGGUCGCCUUGAGAUGUUUCAUGGGCAAUUUU